GUAGAGAGAAGGGAAGCACGAGUGCAUCAAGUCUAUGCUAGACUCGCGGUGAAAAUGAAGUUUGAGAACAUCCUGGAGGAAAUUGACGGUUUUGGACCUUACCAAAUCUUCAUCAUCGUCCUGCUGUGCGCCCCAAGAAUCGUGCUGCCCUGUCACUACCUGUUGAAUAACUUUAUUGCGGCGUUACCUCCUCACCGCUGUGAUAUCAGCACUCUGGAUGAUGGAGGACUCUUUAGGAAUUGGACCCAGCAGCAGAGACUGACCGUCAGCCUUCCUUUAGGAGAAGAUGGCGGCUUCAGAUCCUGUGAGAUGUUUGCAGAGCCACAGUUUCAGCUCCUGGUGAACGGAUCCAAAGACUUUGAGGCGACAACGGUACCGUGUCAGAGCGGAUGGGUUUACGACAACUCCACCUUCACCUCCACCCUGGCAACAGAGUGGGACCUCGUCUGUGAUAGGAAAAGCCUGUCACAAACCACAAGCUCCAUCUUCUUCUUUGGAGUGAUGUUCGGCUCCAUAGCGUCUGGAUUCCUCUCUGACAGGUAUGGGAGGAGGAACACUCUUCUUGCUUCAUACAUCAUGGCCGCCGUGUUCGGCUUCUCCAGCGCGUUUGCAAACUCCUACGUUGUGUUCGCCGUCCUCAGGUUCUUCACCGGGUUCGGACUGACGGGAAUCGGCAUAAACUCGAUAGUUCUCAGUAUUGAGUGGGUGGACACGGACCACCGGUCGUUUAUCGGGGUGAUCGGCAGUCUCUCCUGGUCUGUAGGGAACAUGCUAUUGGCUGCGUUCGCCUACCUAGUCAACGACUGGAGAAACCUCACCAUGACCGUCACCGCUCCGCUGGGACUCGCUAUCCUGACCUGGUGGUGGAUUCCUGAGUCUGCCCGCUGGCUGUUGGCUCAUGGGAAAGUGGAGAAGGCCAAGUUUUACCUCGACAAAUGUGCCAAAUUCAACAAGAGAGGAGAUCUGUCGGACAAAAUAAAACUGGAGACACUGUCCAGCAUAGAAGACGAGGAAAAUAAGGACAAAAACUACACAUACCUCGACCUGAUCAAGACCCCGAAGAUGAGGAAACUCACUCUUCUGACUGGGAUUGUGUGGUAUGGAGUUGCCUCCACGUAUUACGGCAUCAGCCUGAACAUCGGCGGCUUGGGUUUGAACAUUUACCUCACACACUUCAUCUACGCCGCCAUCGAAGUGCCCGCCAAGCUGAUGGUCUACUGCUGUCUGAACAUCGUGGGGCGGAGGAAGUGUCAGGCGGGAACGCUGCUGCUGACGGGACUCUGCAUCGCCAUCAACAUCUUCCUACCUCAAGAUCUGUGGCAUCUGCGUAUUGUUGUCGCCAUUCUUGGAAAAGGUCUCUCCGAAGCUGCUUUCACGACCCUCUUCCUCUACACAACGGAGCUUUACCCCACAGUCGUCAGGCAGAACGGCCUGGGCUACACCAGCUUCAUAAGUCGUCUGGGGGUCACUGUGGCUCCUCUGAUUCUGAUGCUGGAGGACUUCUGGACUCCUCUUCCUCAGAUCAUCAUCUGCUCCGUGGCCUCAGUCUCCGGCCUGGUGGCGCUGCUGCUGCCCGAGACCCUGAAGGAGAGGCUGCCGGAGACCAUCCAGGACGUGGAGCAGAAGACAAUGUUGGUGAAUUAAAGGUCACCUAUUAUGCAAAAUCCACUUUUCCAUGUCUCUUCUACAUCAACAUGUGUCCCCUCUUCUUCAUGUCUCUUCUACAUCAACAUGU